UUCCAGAAGUUGGUUUUCUGAUGGGACUAGGAAGCUUCCCACGUACAGGACUUGGGAACUUGAGCUGCAAGUGCGGCGGGGCUGGUUCAUUUGGGAGAGAAGUGGCGUGGGACUGAGGUCCAGGAGGGUUAUAGAGCACCCUGGUUGAGGAGGGCUAUAGAAAGUGGGGCUGAGUGGCAGAGGCGCAAGGGACAGACAGCCUUGCAGUCCCCAAAGCAAGAGAAAGGCAGGACGAUGUCCUCACAGCUCUCUCUCUGUGAGAUUUCCCUCCGGGAGACGAGGGCUUGGUCAGGACCGGGGACAGCUCCUGGCCUACUCUUGCUUUCCCUUAGCCCGAUUGGGUCCCACUGUAUCCUUGACUCUCUGGGGCGCCCCAGCCAUCUCCUUAGCAAAGUAUGAAGAACAAGCCUGAGUUCUCCCGACCUCCAUCUAUGAUCUUUGGGUCUCCUUGAAGGGCCAUGGAGGAACUGGCUAUUCCCACAUUCAUCCUACUCCUGUUCCUCUCUUGCAUUCGCACAAAGUUGUGGCCUCCAUUCUUCCUCGUUUGGCCUCUUUCCAUGUCAGCCAGCAUCAGUCCUCCUCUUUCACCUGCCAUCCCCUGAAGUCACUCUGUCCCCUCUCCCCUACCUCUUCUCCGUCCCAUUCUCAUCUUACUCGAUUUCUCACUUCUGGGGUGAGAAAUGUUUCAUAUACUUUUAGACCUUUUUUCCCACCCUGCUACAAGGUAUCCAGGUGUCUUUUUCCACUCGCCCCUAUGUCAAGCCAUAAGCAAAUGUGGCAAAAAAUAAGUUGAGAAAGUGAGGGGUCUACAGCCCAGCUUCCGAAAUCAGUGCUGAUUGCGCUGCUAACUUGCUGUGUCCUAUUACACAGGGAGUUAGCCUCUUCGAACCUCAGUUUCCUUAUCUGGAGAAUGGGGUAUCUUCCUCCAAAGACUGCAAACUCAGGGACAUAGUGCCUUGUAAGUGCUCUGUGUUUGCCUGCUUGGCACAUGAUGUGAGGAUAGCAAUGCUUUCACUGCAUGUGACAUGCAAAGGACUACUUUGUAAGCUUUUAUAGAUAAAUUAAUUGGCCGUCCCAACACUCCUAUCAGGAGGCAAUAUUGUUACACGCCCAUUAUCAGAAAGGGAAACAAUAUAGAGGCAUUCCAAAGGCAGUAGUCAGCGGCCAUGGACGGUUCUCAAUCCCCGGAAGCUGGGCAUAGAAUUAGAAAUUACGCAAUGCUACCUCCCAGAUCACGGAGUGAUCUGGUUCAGCACAAAUGCUGAACCGGCGAGCGGCGGAUAGAAGCUGUUCAGCUGGGGCAGUUAUUUUCCGGGAACCUGUAUUCUGGAAGACCGGCGGCGGGCUGCGGCGGAGCGCUCAGAGCCGGAGCGAACGACAACACCCAGAAGCCUGCGCGCCUUCCUUGGAGGCACUUCCUCAGAGGCUCGCGCUCACGCGGAUCGCUGAGUGGCAUUCGGUGCACGACUGGGUGGCGAGGAUUGGAGGCGGGAGCCACAGAGGUUAGGAUUGGUGACGCACUGUCAGCCACGCCUCCGCAACCCGGAAGUACCUUCCCCGGGCUGGCCCAUGUGCCGUGGAGAAACGCGAGUUGGGAAAGGUGCAGGCGUGGCAAUGGCUGCUGAUGGGCCGUGGUCCCACCUCCUUCCAUAAGGGGUCCAGGGAGCUCUGAGGCUGAGGGCUGCCUUGCGGGGCGCAGGCGGGAAACUGACCGAAGAAGGGCCCCUCUACCCCGCUACCCAACCUUACCCCAUGGAGUCUACGUUCAGCAGCCCCGCGGAGGCGGCGCUGCAGCGGGAGGCAGGCGUCCUGGGACCGCGCACUCCUCUGGCGGACCUCGACCGAGUGUACGAGUUGGAGCGAGUCGUUGGAUUUGUCCGAGACCUGGGGUGUCAUCGGGUGGCCUUGCAGUUCCCUGAUCAGCUACUGGGAGAUGCUAGGGCAGUGGCUGCUCGACUGGAAGAGACCACGGGGUCAAAGAUGUUCAUUCUGGGGGACACGGCCUAUGGGAGCUGCUGCGUGGAUGUGCUGGGAGCUGAGCAAGCUGGAGCUCAGGCCCUUGUACAUUUUGGCCCUGCCUGCUUAAGCCCUCCAGCCCGCCCGCUGCCCGUCACCUUCGUCUUUGGACAUCGGUCUGUGACCUUGGAGCUCUGCGCCAAGGCCUUUGAGACCCAGAACCCAGACCCCACCGCACCUGUGGUGCUGCUCAGUGAGCCAGCCUGCGCCCACGCCUUGGAGGCUUUGGCCACUCGCCUGCGCCCAAGGUACCUGGACCUUCUGGUCUCCCGUCCAGCUCUUCCUCUGCCAGAGGGGUCACUUGAUUCAGAGCCUGAGACCGUGGAACGUUUUGGGCGCCGCUUUCCCUUGGCCCCUGGGAGGCAUCUGGAAGAGUAUGGUGCCUUCUAUGUGGGGGACUCUGAGGCCAGUUCUGAUUCUGACCUUGAGCCAGACCUGAGCCGGCUGCUCUUGGGGUGGGCACCGGGGCAGCCCUUCUUUUCCUGUUGUCCAGACACAGGGCGGACUCGGGAUGAAAGUGCCCGGGCUGGAAGACUAAGGGCACGAAGACAUUAUCUGGUAGAGAGGGCCAGAGAUGCCCAUGUGGUGGGGCUGCUGGCAGGUACUCUGGGUGUGGCCCAACACCGAGAGGCACUGGCACACUUGCGGAAGCUGACUCGGGCUUCAGGCAAGCGUAGCUAUGUCUUGGCCCUAGGGCGGCCCACCCCUGCCAAGCUUGCCAACUUCCCCGAGGUGGAUGUCUUUGUGCUGCUGGCCUGUCCUCUGGGCACCCUCGCACCCCAGCCUUCUGGUGGCUUCUUCCGACCUAUAUUGGGACCAUGCGAGCUGGAAGCUGCCUGCAACCCUGCCUGGCCACCUGCAGGUCUGGCUCCACACCUCACACAUUACGUGGACUUGUUGCCUGGUUCUCCCUUCCAUGUACCCCUCCCACCACCUGAGUCAGAGCUGUGGGAUACCCCAGAUGUGUCACUCAUUUCUGGGGAGCUCCGACUCCCUGCUGCCUGGAAGUUGUCCGGUGAUCCUGUAUGCUCAUCAGCCCUGAACCCACGGCCCCAGCUGGAGCUGGCAGAGAGCAGCCCUGCAGCUUCGUUCCUUACUUCCCGGAGCUGGCAGGGGCUAGAGCCCCGUCUGGGUCAGACGCCGGUGACAGAUGCCAUAACCGGAAGACGAGGGAUCGCCAUCGCCUACGAGGAUGAGGGAAACAGCUGAUACCACAGAAGGCCAAAGACCCAAAUGGACUUGCAGAUAUCUGCUAGGACCUUGAGUGCUCCCUGCACAAACCUCACAUCACCCAGCCAGGAUCCUGGAGGGUGCCUGGAUGGAAGGAGGGUGGGCACCCCUUACUGAGGACUGGACUGAUCUCUGUCCUGCUCUGGCACUGGCACAAGGCUGAGCACAUUGACUUGGUAAAUGCCUGUCGUUUGACUAAGAGGGCAAGGGGCGUAGGUGCAUCCUCGAGGGCCUGCGGCCAUUCCAGUUACUGGUCUGCCCCUCUCAGAAAGCAAGUGCUAGAUGGACUAGGCCAGGGUUUCCCACCCUCGGCACUGUUGACGUCUUGGGCCAGGUGAUGCUUUGUCGUGGGGGCUUUCUGUGUGUGGCAGGAUGUUUAGCACCAUCCUUGGCCUCUGCCCACCCCAAAAUUGUGACAACCAAAAAUGUCUCGUGGGGCGAAAUCGCCCCCAGUUGAGAAUUCCUCUAUACUGUGCAGAUCAGUAGCCACUAGACAUGUGACAAAUUUAAAAUGAGUUAAGGGGUGAAAGCUCAGUUUCUCAGUCACACCGACCCCAUUUCAAAUGGUCAGAUAGCUUCAUGAAGGGACAACACAGCUAUAAGACAUCUCUGCCAACGUGGGAAGCUCUUCACACAGUGCUGUUCUGUACUGACUCAUCCUUCUCAGGGAGAUCGCGGGAAUGCAAAUAAAUCAGAUUUUUUUU